AUGUUACACUUUGAGGAUAGGGACUCACACUGGCGUAACAGGCAUAAUAUGAACAAGAAAAUAAUGACCCGUUUUGUACAGUUUGUGAAUAGGGUUUUACUUUUACAUUCUUUGAAUGCUUCCAACAUCCAAAGUUUCUCUCUUUCUAUUUCUGUCUUUUAUAAAGAUCUUUGCCCUCUUAAUCGUUGGAUAUCUGAUGUUUUAAAUCGUGGAGUCAAAGAGCUGUGUAUGAAUUUAACUGUACAACUCGAGAUUAACGCGCAUUCCUUUUUGGAAUCCCCCAACUUAGAGAAAUUGAAAUUGCGUAAUUGUUCUAUCAGAAUUCCCACCUCUCGUUGCCUUUCAUCCCUCACCGUUCUCAAGUUUUUUGGAGUCACGCUUAUUAGUGACCCUUCUAAUCGGUCGCAAAAGUUGAUCCUUAACUUCCCAGUUCUCAGAACUUACGAGGCAGAAGACUGCACCUGGGUUAAUGUUAAGAGUGUCACGUUUGAAGUUCCUCUACUUAAAGUGCUUUCAGUGAAACUUCCAAGUUGGUCAACAUUUACUUUGUCACGUACUAAAUUCAAGUUUCGUGCCUCGCGUCUUACUCAAUUCUCUUAUGGUAGUUACAUGUUACCAGGCAUGUUUACGUUAGAGUUAGAUUCAUCUGCACAUAUUGCUUCUGCUAAUAUUUCUCCGGGCAAGUUUAACGGUGAGAAUAAUGAAGAAACCGCAUUCCUUGCUUAUAAGCUUCUCGAACAGUUCCACAGCAAUAUGCAGUGUUUAAAGUUUCGGCGCUCGGAGAUUCUUGAAGUAGUGAAAGGUUCUAUUGUGGCUGGUUCUCUUAAAUUUGAAAUGUUGAGUCAUUUGGAGCUAGGGAAUGUUGCUGGAGAAAUUUUGUUGAUGUUCCUGAUGUGCACACCAUUUCUGAAGACUCUUAUUUUAGAGGUGUUAAUUCAAUUUAAGGAAGAGGUUUUGGUUCCCAAAUUGGUUCCUGCAUGUUUUGAAUCUAACCUUCAAGUGGUACAAUUUGGAAGACUUAAUGGUGAUGAGCAUGAGAUGCGUUUUGUUAAACAUGUGUUGGAAAAAGCUCUAGUGUUGGAGACAGUGAAAUACUCCGUCUCAUUAGAACUUUUGGAGGGUGAUGCUUCAAUGUCAUUUCGUGCUUAUGAUUGUUAUAUACAGUAA